CUAUGGCAACCACUUAAAUCCAAACACACACACAUGCACACACCCACGCACACACACACACCCACACACAUACACAGAGCGCGAGACGACCGUGCAGCGAUGGAGAAAUUCCCUCCGAAGUUCAGCAGGGUGCUGGUGACCCCCGAGCCGCACUACAUCCCGGGCUAUGCAGGCUACUGUCCACAGCUGAAAUUUCACAUGGGGAAGCCGUACAGUCAGCUCACAGCUAAACUCCUGACCUCGCCCGAGAUUUCACGCUCUCCGAGACUGAUGCUGAGUUCAGGAUGGUCACCUUCCACAGAAAGGGACAUGAGGACGAGGGAGGAGAUCUGGAGGAGGGGGACAGGACACGGCAAGACGCUGCAGAGAAUGAUAUCAGGCUACACAGGUUUCAUCCCCAGAAGUCAGAAUUAUUUCUCAAAGACAUAUACAGAGACGUGUCGAGAAGCUCUUAGUGAGUUUGAAUCAGAUCAGAAGGUGAGAACUCGGCCAGCUACAGCUGACAUGCUACCUGCAAUAGACCAGGCAUUUCCAGACAUCAAGCCACAGGCACUGAACACUCCUUUGGUGGCCAUUUCUAGAGAACCGAUUUCCUAUAAAUCUCCAGACGGCUGGAAGCCCCUUGACUCUCCAUAUUCAAUGGAAGACAGCAACCCACAUAAACACUUCAUUUCAGGUUUUACAGGCUACGUACCUAAAGCCAAGUUCCUGAUAGGUUCCAGCUAUCCCAAAACCACCAACAAGGCACUGAUCCAGUUUGGCAAGCAGAUGAAAGCGAGUCACACUGCGCUCGGCCUGAGAAGAGAAAGCGCUCACAAUCUGGUCUCAGUGCCCACCAUCUACCCCACACACCGGGGCCUGCUGCCCCACUACGCCGGACACGUGCCAGGAUACAAGUUUCGCUACGGACAGACGUUCGGGCAGAUCACCAGCAACUCACUAGAUCUAAGCGGCAUACACAGGAAGAUCAACUGCGAGGGAUGAAUCAUGGAGCUUUAGAUGGACCCCAUCAGCUGGUCUGAUCACCAGCACUCAGGAAAAAUAUCACAAGAAUCAAAAAUAUAAUUGGGAUUAAAGGAAAAUGCAACAUUUUUUUUUUGUUUGU